AUGUGCGUCCACAGUCCGGAGCAGAUUGGCCCUCGUCAAGCUCGGCUACCCACUUCUUUUCCGGCCCGCUCUGGUUUCGCGAUCCCAAACGGCAGAGGGUGGCUAGGCCGCGACAGGUAUUCGAGCCCUCCAGCCGGCGCGGUGACUAGACCGGGCGAAGAACCCACAUGGUGCAGAGGUGCAGAGGUCGCACUCCAAGAGUCACUACCAGUCUGUUACUGUUACUAUGAGCAGGGGUGGUGGGGGACUAUGAGACGACAGUUGAUGGACGGUGAUGUCUUCAUCCGUCAAUGGUUCGGGUUGCAUAGGAUGGCAGGAAGUUUGACAAUACUACCAGAUAGCAAAGCCUAUCCCACUGGCCCGAGAAAAGAAAAAGAUCAACAGGCACGACCGGCCCCCAAUAGACAUGCGUCGAUCUUGAGAGGGUCAGUCACCCAAGAAGGGAUCCUCCUUACCAUCCGCGGGAGCGGAAAGCAGGUUCCCUCUGCUGCUCUUUUCUGGGAUACCAUCUUGUCACGUUCUCCAGCCUGGUUCUUCGAGCAGAACUUCGCCAUAAAAGAGCGGGCUUCGUGGACUGGGAACGAACUGGCGAACCACAGGCGGGGAGUGCGAUGUUCAUUGGGGACCCGGGCGAGGAAGAAAUGGUCCAGGGAUCAGCAGAUCGGCAUGGCUUCCUGGCCUUUCACAGAUGCUGCAUGCAGCUUGGAGGCCGUGCGUUUCUUCAGUAGACAGCCAGACAGACAGACAGCGGGCAUCUCCGUCGUCUCAACACCUCAUCGGAAUCCCUCACCGAGAUGGAACGAGACAGCCCGUUGCGCCUCUCUUGAUCUUUUCGUCGAAGGAAUUGUAUCGAGAGUGUUCAAGACUGUCCGGCAAAUGGCAGACUCGGCAGAAGACCGUUACACCAAACAAGAGUUUCCGGCGUGGUGCCGAUCAAGGGGGAACUUUCAGCAAUUCAGCAAUUACCAAGCCCUUAACAAAGGAGACUGCGCCAUAACAAACACCUCCUCUUCCCUCAUCAUAAACCUUCAGUCAAAUGCCGACUGGGCUCACAAAGAAGAGAGACAGUUGCCAAACGACGUGGGAGCCGUAUCCAGAGUGCCACCUUGGGCCUUUCUGAAACAUGAUCUUGCUGCACCCACAGCUCUGGCACUCUGGAUUUCUGCAAAGAAGGGCCGCAUUGUUCUCGCCGGAGAUAUCUUCCACAUAGCCAGGCCAGAUGACACCGUCCCAUUGGUAGGAAACCCCUCGACAUUACCGUUCCAGGCGAGAUUUGAGCCGCCAAGACAUGUCAGGGGUUUGCUGGCCGACGAAGCGAUCUCCUGGGUGCCAUUCCCGAGAGCCCACAACUUUCUGCGGUCAGCGUACCAAAUCCGCGUAACAAAUUACCAAAACUCUUUCAUCUUGACACUCUCUCAACGUCCUUCAUCUAAUCAUUCUUCGAGCUGUCUAGGUAUGCGCAGUUUCUCGCUGUCACUCGGCCCGCCAAAGAAACGGGGACAACAAGAUGAUCUGAAGCUGAAGAGACUCCCCCUCGGGCCCCGACAGCUACCACAACACCGGCUGUGGCGUGUUUUCACCGAAGACCUUGACACUAUUCCACCUUUGGUUCCUCUCAUCCGCGUCUUGGCCUUUGAUCAACGCCCGGUGACGCUGGUGAACCACGCCCCUCUGCUGCUCAAACCCAGUGAUCCACGUUUUGCAGCAUUCAGUGUUCGGAAACACGCAGAGUCUCGCGACUGCAAUGAGAGCAUGCUGCAGGCCCUAGUGGCCCCCUCCGGCUGGGACGGCCUAGGGGAGGGCUCGAGCCUCGAGCAAAGUCUGGAUCUCUGUGACCCUUGGAAGCUCUGGCCAGUCGUCAUCUUCCUUCGCCAUGUUUCGCGGAAGCGAGGCACGAACCGAGGCAUAUUGCCCUGCAGGGAUUCCUGGGUCGCGCGACCAAUAGCUUCACUCAGCUCUUCCUCCAGCAUCCAGCUCCGAAUGACAGCUUUCUAG